AUGUCUUUUACAAGUACAAUAAAUGAAAAUAAUGAAUUACCGUCACAAAUUUGUAAUGAUUGUAUUUUUAAAACUUACCAAACAAUUAAUUUUAAAAAACAGUGUGAACGAUCCGAACAAUAUUUAUUAGAAUUAUUAAAUGAACAGACCAACGAUGAUAAAAAAUGGUUUAAAAAUACAACAACAGACAAAGAUAACACUAUUGAAAAUAUAUCAAUAAAAAAUGAAAAAGAAAAUAAACUUGAUAUCAAAGAUGAGCCACAUCAACUUAAGGAUAAUGACGAUGACGAUGUGAUAAGUGAUAAUGAUAAUAUAUUUAGUGAUGCUGAUGAUAAUAACAGUAGUUCGGAAAAUGAUGAUUUAGAUGAUGAUGAUGAUUUUAAACAAGAAAUAACCACAGAUGCUGAUGGUAAAAUAAUUCAAACUGAAUCGAACAGUGCUAGUAGAACAAGGAAGUCACGUAUUGAAUGGUUAAUGACUUUAGGAUCCGAUAAAUGUGAUAUCAAUAAAUUAUUAUGUAACAUAUGUUUAAAAAAAUUAGGCACGAAAAGUUCAUUAGCUAGACACAUGGAAACGCAUGAUACAAAUCGGAAAAUAUAUGCAACUUGUAAUGUUUGUAAUAAAGGAUUUCAUGAAAAAGGGAAUUAUGUGAGGCACAUGAUUAAACAUGAAAAAGAACCUAAACAUAAAUGUGAACAUUGCUCGAAAAAGUUUUAUGAAUUAAGUUUAUUAGGUAAACAUUUACAAAAGAAUCAUGCAGUUAAUCCAAUUGAAUGUGAUGAAUGCAAUAAAAAGUUUUAUUUACAAGAGCAAUAUGAUUUUCAUAUGAAGAUCCAUAAACAAGAUUAUGAACAUAUUUGUAAAUAUUGUAAUAAAGGUUAUUUCUUGUUACAUCGUUUACAAGAACAUCUGUUAACGCAUGAACGUACAUAUUUAUGUACGAUAUGUAAUAAAACGUAUAAGAAUCAUACGUCAUUAAAUAAACAUAACUUUAGAUAUCAUAAAACUGUACAGGAGCCACAAGUAUGUCAGAUAUGUGGCAAAAGUGUUCUACAAAUUAAGGCUCACAUGUUAAUACAUAACGGUGCACGGAUGUUUGAAUGUGUCGAAUGUGAAAAAUCAUUCUUCUAUCGGAGCGAUUUGGUAGCACAUUGUAAACGUAAACAUCGUAAAUCAGAUGAACCACCACCGUUACUACCAUAUUUAUGUAAUAUUUGUGGUAAACGUAAGUUAUCGAAUGCAGCAUUAAAACAACAUAUCAUUCAUGCACACACAACAGAGAAAACGUUAAAAUGUACGUUGUGUGAUAAAUAUUUUAAAACGGAUAAUGCGUUAAAAGGUCAUAUUCGAUAUAUACAUAAAGAUGUUAGAAAUUAUAAAUGUACGAUUUGUACGAAAUCAUUUUAUACGAAUGCUAUAUUACGGAAUCAUAUGCGAACGCAUACGGGCGAACGACCGUUUCAAUGUCAUAUAUGUGCUAGAGCAUUUGGUAAAAAUAGUACGUUAAAGACACACAUGAAAAUACAUAGAGCUGCUGAUUUAGACAAUUAAUUCAUUUAAUGAGUCAGGCUUUGGUGUUUUGUAUUAGAAUAUCCUGUGUUUUGACAUAAGAAAGUAAGAACAUCGUGAAACAGACGUUUAUUGAUCGCCUAGAAUUUAGGGAUGGCGUGAAAUUCGUGGGAUAUUUAUCCAAAAUUUUAG